AGCUCUCAUUUUUCUAUAGGCUUUCACAGGUAGAGAGAGAGAGGAUUAGAGAGAGAUGGGGUUGGGGUGGGGAGGCGGCGGCGGCGGCAUGACGAUCAACCGGAACCACGUCGUGCCGUUCCUCGCCGGCGCCGCCCUGCCGACGCUGCUGCUCUUCUUCCUGGCCUCCGACAGGGUGAGCGAGCAGCUGGCGAUCGUGUCCAGCUGGGGGACUGGCGGUGGGUCGUCGGCGGCUCAUGAUCUCACAGGCGGCGACGUCGACGGAGCUGCUCCUGCCCCACAGGAAAGAUUCCCCGGCUUGCCGGAGCUGCUGCCGAAGGUGGCGAUGGAGGACAGGACGGUGAUCAUCACGUCGGUGAACGAGGCGUGGGCGGCGCCGGGCUCGCUGCUCGACCUCUACCGGGACAGCUUCAAGAACGGCGAGGGGACCGCACAUCUCCUCGACCACGUCCUCGUCGUCGCCGUCGACCCCGCCGGCUUCCGCCGCUGCGCGGCCGUCCACCCCCACUGCUUCCUCCUCGAGGUCAAGACCAUGGACCUCAGCUCCGCCAAGCGCUUCAUGUCCAAGGAGUACCUCGAGCUCGUCUGGACCAAGCUCUCCCUCCAGCAGCGCGUCCUCGAGUUCGGCUACAACUUCCUCUUCACGGACUGCGACAUGGUGUUGUUCCGUGACCCGUUCCGGCACAUCAGCCUCUACGCCGACAUGACGGUGUCCUCCGACGACUACUCCGCCGCGCGGGCGCCGCUGGACAACCCGCUCAACACGGGGCUCUACUACAUGAAGGCGACCAACCGGAGCGUGGAGAUGCUCCGGUACUGGCAGGCGGCGAGGCCGCGGUUCCCCGGCGCGCACGACCAGGCGGUGUUCGGCCACAUCAAGCACGAGCUCGCCGGCAAGCUGCAGGCCAGGAUCCAGCCGCUCGACACGCUCCACUUCGGCGGCUUCUGCGAGUACCACGACGACCUCGCCAGCGCCGUCACCAUGCACGCCGACUGCUGCGUCGGCCUCGACACCAAGGUACACGACCUCAGGGACAUCGCCGCCGACUGGAAGAACUACACGAGCCUUUCGCCGGAGCAGAGGAAGAAGGGUGGCUUCAAGUGGACGUACCCCACCAGGUGCCGGAAUUCCGUAGGAUGGCGUAAACCUGUUCAUCCUUAGCUUAUCAGAGAUGAAAUGCGCAGGUUUAUUUGAUCACUGAAAUUGCAGCGACUAAGAUGGAGAUCAUGAACCUUGAUUAACAGAUUAAUUAACACUAAAACAUUCUAGUUUAAGAAAACACUGUAACAUUUCAAGAACGGAGCUAUUCUGGAAUUAUUCUGGAUAAUGUCAAGUUGUUAAGAUG